GGGGCCGCGCAUGCGUAGCAGGAUGCGGAGCGCCGCCCGCGUCAUGGCCGCCUCCGUAGGCACCGGGGGCCUGGGCCGGGCCGGGCCCGCCCCGCGCAUCGGCACCCACGACGGCACCUUCCACUGCGACGAGGUGUUGGCCUGUUACCUGCUGCGCCUCCUGCCCCGCUACCGGGAUGCAGAGCUGGUGCGCACCCGGGACCCCCAGCGCCUGGCCCAAUGCGACGUGGUGGUGGACGUAGGGGGCGAGUACGACCCCGAGCGACACCGCUACGACCAUCACCAGAGGUCCUUCACACAAUCCAUGAGGAGCCUCCGGCCCGAGAAGCCCUGGACCACGAAGCUCAGCAGCGCCGGGUUGGUUUACUGCCACUUUGGCUCCCAAAUCCUCGCGGGGCUCCUGGAGCAGCCGGAGGACAGCCCUGUCGUGACAGCGCUCUACGAUAAGCUGUACGAGAACUUCGUGGAGGAGAUCGAUGCCAUCGACAACGGCAUCGCGCAGGCGGAGGGGGAGCCCCGCUACGCCCUCACCACCACCCUCAGCGCCCGCGUGGGUCACCUGAACCCCCGCUGGAACGACCCCGACCAGGACACCGAGCGGGGGUUCAAGCGGGCGCUGGAGCUGGUCGGGAGCGAGUUCAUGGAGCGACUCGACUACUACCGGCACGCCUGGCUGCCCGCGCGGGCGCUGGUGGAGGAGGCUGUCCGGCGGCGCUUUGAGGUGGACGCGAGCGGGGCGGUGCUGGAGUUCCCGCGGGGCGGCUGUCCCUGGAAGGAGCACGUCCUCAGCCUGGAGCAGGAGCUGGCGCUGCCCCAGCCCCUCCAGCUCGUGCUUUUCCCCGACCGCAGCGGGCAGUGGCGGGUGCAGAGCGUCCCGGCGGGGCCACACACCUUCCAGAGCCGCCUCCCUCUCCCCGAGCCCUGGCGAGGUGUCCGGGAUGAGGCGCUGUCCCAGCUCGCUGGCAUCCCCGGCUGCGUCUUCGUACACGCCAGCGGCUUCAUCGGAGGCAACCGGACGCGGGAGGGGGCGUUGGAGAUGGCCCGGCGGACGCUGGCGCAGCGGCACGAGGAAGGGGAGCGGCGAGCACGCCAGGAAUCCGGGUCCGCUCGGGUUCGGAGCAAACGGAAGCGACCGUGAAGGGCCGAAAGAAAACGUCUCGCCGGCCGGGAGCUCACCUGAACACCGCGGAGGGAGUGGCUGCCAGGACCUUGCUGCCGUCGGGUGACCAAGCCAAGUAAGUGACACCGCCACCCCCAAACCACUGCAGCUGGACGCAGUUUUCGGUGGACACGUCCCACACCUGGAGGAGGGGGACAACGAGGAGGAGAACGACACCAGGACCCGCGUGCUGACCGGGUAGCGCAGCUUUCGGGGAGUUUUUCUGUGGCUUGGGGAGUACAGGCUGAUGCUUUCAGGUCUGGUUCAAAUUCAGGGCCUGCCCGUCACCCAGCAGCCCCCCCCCAGGCCGACAAAGGCAGUUCCCAGAGUCGCCAGUGAAAUAAAACUUCCUUUUCGCUGCGGAA